CGGCGGUUAGGCUCACCUGAGUGAAGCCACUUCAAGGACACAGAACAAUCUCAGCAAGGAAGGUUUUACCGCCUCUAUUCUGACUGAAGCCACUGCUCUGCUUCACCUUCAUUUCACUCACUCUGCUCUGAUUAAGUAAUACUCAAAGAUGGCUGAGGCUCACCAGGCGGUGGGCUUCCAGUUCACUGUGCACCCAGACGGUGUGGACAUCAAGCUGAGUCAAGAGGUCAUCAAAAACAUCUAUCUGUCAGGAGUGACAGCGUGGAAGAAAAGAGCCAUUUUGUUUAAGAAUGGUGUUCUGGCUGGACUCUACCCUGCCAGCCCGUCCAGUUGGCUGAUAGUUGUGAUCGCCAUGAUGAGUUCCUUGUACACCCGCAUUGACCUCUCUCUGGGAAUGAUAGCUGUGAUCAAAGAAAACCUGCCACAUAAAGGCAGUGCUGUGCCUCUCCUGAACAGAGACUGCAUGUCGAUGCAGACCAGAGCUGUUGUGAGUGCCAUCCUGUUUGCCACUGGACUGUGGAUCUCCUUUAUCUACCUCAUGAGAUACUCUCUCAAAGCUCUGUUGUCCUACCAUGGAUGGAUUUUUGAAUCCCAUGGAAAAAUGAGUACAUCAACCAAAGUGUGGCUGAGACUGGUAAAGAUGUUUUCUGGAAGGAGGCCGCUGCUCUACAGUUUUCAGGCAGCUUUGCCCCGACUCCCUGUGCCCAGCGUGGAUGAUACCAUUUGGAGGUACCUCGAGUCAGUGCGUCCUCUACUGGACAGUGAACAGUACAACCAGAUGGAAAUGUUGGCCCAUAACUUCAGAGAAGCAGAAGCAGCGCAGCUCCAGAGAUACCUGAUUUUUAAAUCCUGGUGGGCAACAAAUUACGUGAGUGACUGGUGGGAGGAGUACAUCUACCUGAGGAGCAGGGGUCCAAUCAUGGUCAACAGCAACUUCUACAUAAUGGAUCUUUUGUAUGUCACUCCAACACAUCGACAGGCGGCGCGGGCAGGAAAUGUGGUCCAUGCUCUGUUGCAGUACAGACGCAAACUGGAACGAGGUGAACAUGAACCGUUGAGGGCUUUAGGGACAGUUCCUAUGUGUUCCACUCAGAUGGAGAGGAUGUUCAACACCACCCGAAUCCCUGGAAUAGAAACAGACAUUGUGCAGCACCUGACUGACCGAAAGCACCUGGUCGUCUACCACAAAGGCCGGUUCUUCCAGGUGUGGCUGUACACUGGAGGACGUCAUCUCCUACCUAGUGAGCUGGAGACACAGUUUCAAAGGAUCCUCAACGACACAUCAGAACCCCAACCAGGAGAGCUCAAACUAGCAGCCCUCACUGCAGGAGACAGAGUUCCGUGGGCUCGGGCUCGGGUGAAACAUUUCAGCCACGGACUAAACAAAACAUCCCUGGAUGCCAUCGAGUCUGCAGCAUUCUUUUUGAGCCUCGAUGAAGAGCCACAGGGUUACGAUCCGUCAACAGCGAACUCACUUGAUAAUUACGCCAAGUCUCUGCUGCAUGGAAAAUGUUACGACAGGUGGUUUGACAAGUCUUUCACCUUAAUCUCAUAUCCAAAUGGAAAGAUUGGCGUGAACGUGGAACACUCUUGGGCCGAUGCGCCAAUAGUUGGACACAUGUUGGAGUAUGUUCUUGCAACAGACUGCUUUCAUCUCGGCUACACAGAGGAGGGUCAUUGUAAAGGUGAUGUGAACAGAGGCCUACCUCAUCCUACUCGACUACAGUGGCAGAUCUCAAAAGAGUGCCAAGAAGUCAUUGAGACUUCCUACCUAUCAGCCAAGCAGAUAGCUGACGACGUGGACUUCCAUGGCUAUUUGUUUGCCGACUUUGGCAAAGGUCUGAUCAAGAAGUGCAGGACAAGCCCUGACGCCUUCAUUCAGCUGGCUCUGCAGCUUGCACAGUUCAGGGACCAGGGUGUGUUCUGUCUGACAUACGAGUCCUCCAUGACUCGCAUGUUCAGAGACGGACGGACAGAAACCGUACGCUCCUGCACCUCCGAGGCUGUUGCGUUUGUUAUGGCAAUGGAGGACGCGAGUGCAACAAAUGCCCAAAGACUGGCACUGUUUCGAAAGGCAGCCGAAAAGCAUCAGAACAUGUAUCGUUUGGCCAUGACUGGAUCUGGCAUCGAUCGUCACCUCUUCUGUCUUUACAUAGUGUCCAAAUACCUUGGUGUUGACUCCCCAUUUCUUAAAAAGGUGCUUUCAGAGCCAUGGAAGCUGUCCACAAGCCAGACUCCCCAGCAGCAGCUUAACUUAGUCGACAUCAACAAGUUCCCUCAGUAUGUGGGUGCUGGAGGUGGCUUUGGCCCUGUGGCAGAUGAUGGUUAUGGUGUGUCUUACAUCAUUAUUGGGGAAAACCUCAUCACAUUCCACAUCUCCAGCAAGUUCUCCAGUCCUGACACAAAUUCCAGCCGGUUUGGUCAGCGCAUUCAGAAGGCCAUGACGGAUAUUCAAACGCUUUUCAAGCUGGAAAAUGAUAAGAUCAACGGGCAUAUGAAGUGUGUGCAGGUUGCAAAUGGGAAGAAGCACAUCUGAGGGGAGCAUAUCCCCGCCGUCCUUUGUUCAUGUAAACAAAGCUCUGGUGGAAAUUUUGCACUAAUAUUUCUGCUUUUCUGUUGAGUUUUAUUAGAGGCCUGGCAUUCCACUCAGUCAGACAAAAGCCAUUUAAUAAUUCUCUAAUUUAUCUUUAUUUUACAUAUCAGAGUUGCUGUUUGGUGCAGAUAAGAGAUGUUUCUUUCACUAUGGGGUAUUUUGUUUGUUUUUAUUAUGUCUGUAUUUCUGCUGCCACUGUAUAUUGUAGAUUGUAUAUAAGUUCAAUUUAGAUUAAAAUAAAAAUAUUAUGGUAUAUUGUUUUAGUGUAGGAAACCUGUAAAUAAAUUUGCUUGAAGAUUCA